CACACACACAUGCCACCUUUCAGUAAAAGCCACCCGGACAGUCCAAGACUACUAAGAUAACAGGGAUGAACUCUUUAAUGCUUGUGCUUUUAUAUGCACUGGGAGCUUCGUUGGUGUGGGCAGAUGCUGUAAAAGAGGAAACAAAAGCUAUGGAGGAGUCCAUUCUAUGCUCAAAGAGCUGUACCUGUCACCAUGAUGACUAUACCUUAGAUCUAAUAGUCUUCUGCAGCACGCGAAACUUAACACAGGCUCCUCCCGACAUCCCUGUAUCUACACGCACUUUAUGGCUGGAUGGAAACACGUUCACUGUCCUGCCAGCAGACUCUUUCAAAAAUCUGACCAAUCUGGACUUCUUAAAUCUACAAGGUGGGCAGCUUUCAAGCCUUGACACCCAGGUAUUCAAAGGCCUGAAUUCACUUGCUCAUCUCCACCUGGAGCGAAACAAUCUCCGUUCAUUACCUGCUACAAUUUUUCAAAAUACACAAGGCCUUACAUCCCUAAAUCUUCACAACAAUCAACUGUCUCGUAUCGAUGAAAGGCUGUUUGCUGGACUCUCCCACAUAUGGCUGCUAAACCUAGGAUGGAACUUAAUUUCAGUUCUUCCAGAAACUGUGUUUCAGGACUUGCACGGGUUACGGGAGUUGGUUCUCGCUGGUAAUCGUCUGGCUUACCUGCAGCCUCAGCUGUUUCAGGGUCUUACAGAGCUUAAGGAGUUGGACCUGACUGGAAACUAUCUGAGAGUUAUCAAGGCAAAUGUUUUUGUUAAGCUUCCAAGGCUGCAGAAGCUUUAUCUCGCCCAAAAUCAGAUAGUGACUGUGGCCCCAAGAGCAUUUUUAGGCAUGAAGUCUUUGAGAUGGUUGGACCUUAGCAAAAAUAGACUUUCCAUGAUUCAUGAUGAUACAUUCCUUGGCCUACACAGUCUGCAUGUACUUCGCCUGUCAAACAACUCGAUUGCCAGCCUAAGGCCAGGUACCUUCCGUGAUCUUCAUUAUCUUGAAGAACUUUGCCUGUGCCACAACCAGAUUCGAGCCUUGGGGGAGAGAGUUUUUGAAGGACUUGGUCAUCUUGAGGUACUCAACUUAGAGUACAACAGGCUGCAAGAGGCACGACCAGGUAGCUUUUUGGGACUAAGCCAUCUGGCUGUGAUUAAGCUUAGUGGUAGCUGUUUUCAGAGUUUACCAGACCAGAUUUUUAAAGGACUAUCGAGGCUUCACAGCAUUCAUCUUGACAAAGGGUGUUUGAUGAAAAUAUCAACUCAAGGUUUUGUUGGUCUGUCAGGCCUACGUCGACUUUUCCUACAACACAACAACAUCUCUGUGGUGGAGCGACAAAGUUUUUCAGAGCUUCAAGGUCUGCAACAGCUUGACCUAAGAUUCAACAAGCUGGCAGUACUCAACUCUCACACCUUUUAUGGAUUAAAGAGUAUUGAUUAUCUUCUGUUGUCCAACAAUCUCCUCCAACACCUUCCAUCUGAGGUAUUUUUACCACUACAGCACCUUUCCUGGCUUGACCUCUCUGGGAACAAACUAGAAGUUCUACAUAAUACGACACUGCAUAUGCUGCCUCGUUUACGUUAUCUCAACCUAAAAGACAAUGGGCUAAGCACGUUUCCAUCUUCCAUUCCUAAUAGUUUAGAUCAACUCUGGCUCUCAGGAAACAGCUGGAAAUGUGACUGUAGUGCUAAACCUUUUAAGGAUUUCACCUUGCAAAAGCUUAAUGUGGUUCCAAGACAAGUGGAUACCCUGGCAGAAAGUGAAGAGUCACAUCAGCUUAUCACAGUCUAUAACAAUAUCACAUGCGCCAGCCCACUAAGUCUCACUGGAUUAGACCUGCGCGAUGUCAGCAGUGAAAACUUUAAGGACUGUUAAAUGUUUUGAAUAAUAGUAUGAUUCAGACAAGUUCACAACCAAAUAAUGCUAAUUAACUGUGGAUAUUACAUUUUCUUAAGGACAUUUUUGGUAUUUCUCAGUAAUCCCACCAAACUAGAUUGUUACUAGAUUGUUGUAGGCAUGUGUUUGUAGGCGAAGAUAUUGUUUUACAUUAUUGGGAGACUCACGUAUAUAAACUUUUGUUAUUUUAGUUAUUCAGCUGAAUGCAGCCUAACUUUCUUCUUUUCUUGUAUCGAAGCUAUUUGCUGUAAGCUACAUUCCUGUAGUACCUGUGCCUUUCUACUUAACUUGAUUUAAACAAAGAUAACUGUAAAAAAGUGAUUAAGAGACUUGCACUAUUUUAUGCCUCAAGUUUACAAAUCAGAGUUACUGCUUUUUUUUUCAUUGUUAAUGUUUGUUAUCAGUAAUGUGGGACAAAUAAUAAAAGAGUUUCGAUUAUACAAAUGGCCAAAGCAUGUGGACACCUGA